AUGGCUGGCACGACAUUGGCUUCCAGCAACAACGAGCCGCCGGCUCGAAGCCCUCGAUGGAUUCUGACAUUCGGUUGCCUCACAUUCUUCACCAAGUUUCUCGACCUUCAAGCUUUCCAAAAUGCGUACGUCAGCGGGAUGAAGGAAGACAUCGGCAUGGAGGGCAACGACUUGCAAUACACCACGGGUGUCUUCCAGGCCGGUUACUGCGCCGCCAUGAUCCCGUCCAACAUCAUCCUCACACGAGUCCGCCCGAACCUCUUGAUCCCGGCUUUCGAAGUUCUCUGGGGCGUCUUGACCUUGCUCACCGCAUUCGUCAAAGAUGUCAAGCACGUUUACAUCAUUCGAUUCUUCUCUGGUGUGUUUGAGUGCGUUGCGUACCCAGGUGUCAUCUACUGCAUCGGAUGUUGGUACAAGAGUACUGAAAUCUCUCGGCGACUCAGCUUGUUCUACAUCGCGGGACCGUUGGGCACCAUGUUUGCCGGAUACUUCCAAACCGCCUGCUACACCAAUCUCAACGGCGUGAACGGACUGGCCGGCUGGCGUUGGCUCUUCAUCGUCUGCGGUUGCAUCACUCUCCCCGUCGCCAUCCUCGGUCUCACGGUCUUCCCCGCCCGCCCCGACUCCAAGCAUCCCUCGUGGCUGUUGACACAGGACCAAAUCGCCCUCGCCAGACGUCGCGUCUCCGAAGGCGGAUCGGAAGCGCCCAAGGUCAAGUUCGACCGCAAGGCCAUCACCGACGUCUUCAAGAGCUGGCACUGGUACGCAUUCGUGGCCUUGUACUACGUCUUCAACCAGGCCAUGAUCACGAACGGCCAGCCGUUCAACCUCUAUCUCAAGGCGCACGACGACAAGUACUCCAUCAGCCAGAUCAACAACUUACCCACAGGCCAGUCCGCCAUCUCCAUCGUCGCCGCUCUCGUGGGUUGUUACUGGGCUGAUGCUACGGGGAAGAGGUGGCUGCCGUCGAUCUGGAUCUGCGGGUUCAUGACUAUCGGGGCUGUUUGCAUGGCGGCUUGGAAUAUCCCCGAGGGUCUCAAGUUCUUCGCUUUCUACAUCGCCGGACUGGGCGGUGCUCUCAACCCCCUGUUCAUGUCCUGGGCGUCGGAAGUGACUUUCCGUUCGGCUGAAGAACGUGCCGUGGUUGUGUCUUCUAUGAACGCUGUCGGCCAGGCACUGCUGGCUGGUCUCAACAUUGUGACCUUCCCCACUCCGCAGGCACCUAGGUUCAAGUUCGGUUGGUACUGGGUUAUGGUGAACAACAUCCUCCAGUUCGGAUUGGUUCUCGUCAUCAUGGUUCUCCACAACAAGGAGAAGAAGAGCAUGCAGGUUCUCGACGGCCAAACUGAGGAUGUCGAGCAGAUCAAGGUUGCCAACGCUACCAAGGGAGACGAUGAGUCGGCUUGA